UGCAAGCAGACGAAGUAAUACGGGAGCGUUUGGAUACUAGUCAAUUCGGCGAAGUACAAAAACUGUUCUACGCCGCCUAUUGGUGUGUUCUAUCGGUAUCUCUCUUUAGCCGUGCAUACUCAAUGGAGGAAAUCUGCUGUGAUUCGCAAUAUAUUUUGUGUGUAUGAUUUUGCUUUUCUAGAGUACUGUGGAUUUAUUACUACAUUUUUGGAUUCUUCUUGCUGUGCUGGUUCGAAAAUUUUUAUUCGAAUCUUCGAUUAUUGUGUGCUCGCUGUGAAAAUAUUCCAUGAGGAUUUUCGAUCCGUCUUUUUCCGUGCAUCGUCUGAGGAUGUUUCGGUGAAAAAGUGGAUUUCUCCCCAACUUCUUUUUCUUUUUUUUUUUUUUUUCCUUGGAGCAGUUCUAGUGGAUUUUCACUUGGAAAUGUCUCAGUUGGAAAUUUUAACGUUUCUUCUGGUUUUACACCUAUCAGCAACACAGGUUCAUUGUUCUGGAAUGUUCGAACUCCGACUGGAUACAUUUGUGAACGAAUUUGGCCGCGACGCUGAUGGAACCUGUUGCCGAGGUGUCCGGUCGCCUUCCGGAAUGUGUUCCGGGACAUGCCGGACUAGGUUUAGGGUCUGUCUGAAGCAUUAUCAGACGACAAUAGACCCAAAUCCGCCUUGCACUUAUGGUGAGGUGCUCACACCUGUUCUGGGAAAUAAUUCGGUUCGUCUCGAACCUGUUAACGACCUGCAGACGGGAUUCGCUAAUCCGAUUGUGUUCUCCUUCGAUUUCUCGUGGGUGGGAACUUUCUCUCUCAUUGUAGAAGCUUGGCACGAAAGUGAACCUAAUUCUUCCCCAGGAGUUGGACGCAAACUCAUCACUCGCCUUGCUACUCAGCGAUGGCUUGAUGUCAGCCAGUACUGGACCCAGGACAUGCAUAAAACGAAUCACACUCAAUUCUCUUAUGCCAUAAGAGUUCGGUGCAUGGAUAAUUAUUAUGGCGAGAGUUGUGAAAAGCUAUGCAGGCCAAGAAACGAUAAGUUUGGUCAUUACACAUGCAGUCCGACUGGUGACAAAGUCUGUUUGCGAGGAUGGAGCGGAGAAUAUUGCUCAACAGCUGUCUGUUUAUCGGGUUGUCAUAAAGAACACGGAUAUUGUGAUCAGCCUGAUGAAUGCAAAUGUCGACUAGGGUGGGAAGGACCCCAUUGCGACCAGUGCACCCUUUAUCCCGGUUGCCUACAUGGAAGUUGCAACCAACCAUGGCAAUGUAACUGUGAUGAAGGUUGGGGCGGUCUCUUCUGCAAUCAAGAUCUCAACUAUUGUACCAAUCAUAAGCCAUGCAAGCAUGGUGGAACAUGCACCAAUACUGGCCAAGGAUCCUAUACCUGCACAUGCGCAGAAGGAUAUACUGGCACAAAUUGUGAGGAAGAAGUUGACGACUGUGUGCACCAGCCGUGCCUUAAUGGAGGAACUUGUAGGAGUGCUGGCAAAAACUACACUUGUGAGUGCUCUCUUGGAUUUUUUGGAAGACAUUGUGAGACGGCGGCUAGUACUUGCACAGAAAACCCAUGCCACAACGGGGGAACAUGCGUGGACGGGCCCAGCGGCUACCUCUGCGUAUGUCCCGAAGCUUUCGACGGGCUACAAUGUGACAGACAGAAGGAUAUCUGCGAACCAAGCCCUUGCAAAAAUGGUGGCAGCUGCGUGCACAAACAGGACUGGUACAGUUGCGUCUGUCCAACAGGAUUCACAGGAGACAACUGCGAGUCCGACAUCGACGACUGCGUCAACAGUCCGUGCCAGAACGGUGGGUCCUGCAUUGACGAAAUCAAUUCAUUUCGCUGCGCUUGUGUUCCGGGCUUCAUGGGAGCCAUGUGUCAAAGUAAUGUCAAUGACUGCCUCACCAAACCUUGCUCCAACGGAGGGACGUGUCACGAUCUCAUCAACGAUUACCGUUGCGACUGCAGGGCUGGAUUUGCAGGAAAAGACUGUUCCGUCAACAUCGAUGAGUGUCUCUCUGCUCCUUGCCUCAACGGCGGAAAGUGCGAGGAUCUCGUUAACGAAUUCGUGUGUCACUGCAAAGACGGCUUCCAUGGAAAGCAAUGCGAAAAUCCGGACGGACUACUGGACACACCAGUUGUCGUCUUUGGCAUACCAAAAGGCAACGGCCUCAUCUCUAGUCGCAUCGACGGAGGUGUUCUGACCACAACCACACGGCGUCGGGAUUACCACGGAACAGAACUGGUCAUCGACGCUGAUGAUGAUCUCGAUAAAACGAAUAGGGGCGGCGGUGGCAACAACGGCUUGGCUAUUAACCCCACAGCGCUUCUCGAGAUCGCCCAUCAAGUCUCCGAAGAAGAAGAGGGUGUGGUGAAAGGUGAUUCAAGUGAUUCCUCGUCCUCGUCCGUUGUCCUCAUAGUGGCAGUAGUGCUUAUGCUGCUACUUGUAAUUUGUGGUGUCCUUGGUUGGCACUGCAGAAAAAGAUACAGAGAAAAGCGCGAGCAACGUGAACUGGACGCCGAGGCGUGCAGACAAAAUGAACAAAAUAGUGUUAUGAACAAUAAGUGUUUAGAUAACCAAAUAAUUAACACUUUGAGCCUAUCGGGCCAUCCCCACAAAUCCCUCAAAAUGACGAACGAGGGACAAGACUCUUCACUGUACCAGAAGGUGGGCGAGGACCCCCUUCAGAGGACUAAAUCUACGAAACUUUUAAAUACGGACUGCACUUGCAGCACCCGAACCAGCAAGAUGCUGGAGACAACAGACUUAGAGCACGAAUGUGCUCCCAGGACACUAGACAGGAGAGAUUCUCUCCCCCCUCAACACUUACCCUCUAGUAAAAGUGAGUCAUCUCUAUAUCCGUCACUGGAAAGAGAAUCCUGCUCACGGAACAGUGUCUACGUCAUAGAUGACCACUAUCCGCAACCGUGUCCUGAGGACCUCUUAGCGACAGAGGUCUAACAAUUAAAAAACACAUUUCGAAAAAGCAGCGCUAGAAAGAGUUCUUGAAACACCACCAGUCGGCUGAAUCGUAAAAAGAGGGAGGAAAAAAAAAGUGCAACAAAUCUCUACUAAUAAAUUAAUGUGUUUUUACCAGCUGAAUUGGUUCGUACCCACCGUGUUGUUGGAAGUUCAUUGGAUGCAAAGACUCUCAAAGAACUUUUUCUCUCGCUGGACAGUGUGCAUUUCCUCGCAAAACUUUAUCCAAAGAUAUUACUUUCCUUUAAAGUCCUAUUUAUUUAUUGUAUAUAGUUUAAAAGACCAAGUUUAUUGUUAAUAGCAACGAUGGACGCAGUUAUUUUUCCCAAAGAAUAUUUUGAACUCGAAUGAUGGUGGAUAUUAAUUUUCUUUACGGAACCAUAAAAUUUACAAAACUACAUCAGUCCUAAAUUCUGUCAAUCAUUUUGAUUUUAGUGAUGUAACAUUAAGCAGGCCUAAUGCUCGAAGAGCUUGUGAAUAUACGAAGGAUCGCAUCUGCUUCGUUAAUGUCUGUUAAUCAAAGAAACGUAUCAACGGUUUGGAGCUUCCUAUUUAUAAAAGAAAUAUUAAUACAAAUUCUUGAAAUAUAUUUAAUUUAUACUUUGAAAUUAAUAUUUAAAUCAAUUUUAAUCUUCUCGGUAAGGUUACUUAAAUUUGUAAUAACCAUUAUUUUAGGGAAUUCUAGAAUCAAAAAUCGGACGUAAAUUAACAGCUACAUGGAAAUUUUUUAAAGGGGGUAGAAAAAUCUAAGAAUUCGGUGGGAGAUGCUUAAAAUCGUAGACGAUCUAAAAUGCGGAAAUUAACAAAGGCGAUAACUACUCGUCUCUAAAGCAAUUUGUAAUCGACAACAAAUUAGCUGAGUACCUAAACUACAUUUCUGAGAAUUAAAUAAUUAAUUCCAAUAAGAUAAUCUUAUGAUCAUCAUUAAUAACCAGCAAAAAUCUAAUUGGACACUCCAAUCAAAUUUUCAAGAAUCAAGUAAUUCAUUCUAGAAACAUAGUUUUCGAUGUCAUUGGACUGUUAAUAUUAAGGGAAAAGGCUUAUAUGUACCUAUGCAGUAUGUUGCUUAGAUACUUAGGUUACAUUUCCUAGACUUCAGUAAUUAAUUCCACAAAAAAAUAAUAGGAUCGUUAAUGGGUUACUGACACUCAGUCCAUAGUCAUCAAAAACUUAACUGAAUACCCAGGCCAUAUUUCCUAGAAUAAAAUUAAUUAAUUUAUUCUAGGAAAAUAGUAUUAGGUAUUAUUAGAUUAUUAAAAGAAAACUUUAAAAAAUUAUACAUAUGGAUAUGUUUUCCUAGAUAAUUAAAUUUUCAAGAAUCCAAUACUUAAUUUCAGAAAAAUAAUUUUAUAAUUAUCAUUGCUUAUUUACCUCAUAGUCAGCAAAAAUUUGACUGCGUUCCUUGACCAUAUUUCCUGGAAUUAAUUAACUCUAGAAAAUUACUUUUGGAUGUUAUUAGACUAUUAAAGCAAGCCAAAUACGCAAAGGCUACGUUUGUAUGCAUAGACUGUCGAGGUAUCUAGACUAAGUUUCCUGGCAUUUAAUAAUUAAUACCAGAAAAUAAUGUAAUCAUCAAUAUAUUACUGGCCUAAUCCAUAAUCAUUAAAAGGUUGACUGAAUACCCAGACCAAAUUUCUUAGAGUAAAAUAAUUAAUUCUAGGAAAUUAAUAUUGGUUAUAAUUAAAGCAAAAUCUACAAUGGUAUAAAUAUAAGUUUGCUAGGUAUUUAUUUAAAAUAAAUUUCCUGGAAUUAAAUAAUUGAUUUCAGAAAAAUAAUAAUAUAAUCAUUAAUGAUGAUCAACAAGAUAUCUAGACCAGGAUUGCUAGGAUUAAAUAUGUAAUUCUGGGAAUUUAUUUUGAUAUUCUAAAGUCGAAUAUCUCAUCCAUGUGUUUCAUUCGCUGGACGAUGAUAAAAACUUUUGGAUAAAUGUAGUUAUUCCUUAGAACAUUCCGUGUCCUUUUCUUUAUAUCUUCAGAGUUCCGUAAAGAAUGUUAAUCAUGUAAAAAUUAUCUGUGAAUUAGAUUUGUGUGUAAAUAUAUAUGAAAAGUCUUUCUGCAGGUGUGUAGUGCCUUGUGUGUAAAAUAGUAUAUUGAGAACAUGUGAAGAAGCUUAUAGAGUGUUGUCCAUUUAUAUUUUUUUGUCCGCGUAUCAGUAAAUUACCAGCAAUUAGUAAUCUUGCCUUUAACGUGAAAAUUAUUAAAAAAGUGUUAGAAAAUUUUCCAGCUGAAUGCAUAUACUCUAAUACAGAAUGUAUCUUUAUGCUCCUAUUGAUUACACUAUAUCAUACCGAAUUAUGGACUUAGUCUGCUUGAAAAAUUGUAAAUAACAUUUUUAAAAUGAUGUAGUCCAAGUUACAGAACAAUUAAUAUGUUCAGUACUUAAAAAUAAUAUUUCAAAGAAAAUGAUUUUCUGAUACACAGAUUUUGCUGUUAUGUGAUUUAUUGACAUUUGGUUAUUUAAAAAAAGAAGCAUUGUUUUCCUGUUGUAAAUAUUCAUGUAUAUUUAUAAUACUCCGAAAUUUUUUUCGAAGAGUUCGCUUUGUAAAUUUUAUCAUUUGUUUUUCAUUGCUAUUCAUUGUCAAUAAACACAUCAAUUUUUUUUAAAAAAAA